CUUUUCCCCUCCCAACUCAUUAAAUCCUUUCUUCACCCUUCGACAGUAAACUGGGCCUACAACUUCCGCACCCAGUACACAGUCAGGAGGGAAAAGCCCUGUUCUAAAGUGAAAGACAGGGGCUGGAGGUCACUCUACCCAUGAACCGCUUCAUGGAUCAAAGCAACCUGCAAUGAAUGACAGAGCAAGUUAUGGUGAAAUACCCAAUAUUAUACAAACUGAACCACCACACUUUUUCUGCAUUUCCAACAAAGGACUUUGCACCUGUGCUUGGCCUAAAUAUGCAGGCUUUUGUUACCAAUGCAUGUAACAGGCUUGAGUUGAGAGGAGCAGGUAGGAAUGUGCCCAGGUGAGUGCAGCGCUUCCAUCUUCUGUUAUGAAGCAGAAAAGAUGGGUAUUGUCAUUACUGCCACUAUGGAUUAGAGUUCCAUGGUUUUCAUUAUAAAGUCUCGACUCUGUUCAUGGAAUACAUUUGGUCUGUUACAUGGAAUAUUGUUUGCAUUUCAAGAAAUACAAUUAUUCAACCUGUGUUACACUCGCGUAUUUGUGGUUUGUUCUCAUUGUGCUACAUUUACCAACACACUCUUUGCUAUAGCUUACUAUUAUUGUUUGUUAUUAUUCAAUAUUGUUUUAUUAUAAGGUAGUUGUGGCCGUGGGCUGUGUUGAUCAAUUAUCAUGAGGGAGUACUUGGUCCGACAGAGUCGCAGUAGCGAACUCACGAUCAUGUGACGCAUACGUUACUUUCCCGGCACAAUCCCAGACGCAACGGCUCCAUAUCAUCGCUUUGCACAGUCCUACUACUCCCACGCCUUGCUUUCGGUAUGGCGGACGGCGAGAGGUCCCCGCUACUGGCAGAUCUCGGAGAUGGUGGUCUUGGGGGUGGUAACGGCGGAGUGUCACCUGGCUCGGCUCCUUAUGGUUUACCAAAUAAGCCACAAAGCUUUCCUCCCUUUCCCAGCCCCACCCAGCCCUCAGUACUUAUGGGGGAGGACCCUCCUCUGUACUCCCCCCUCACCUCCCCAGAGAGUGGCAGUGCACCAGGCAUCAGCUGUAGAGUGUGUCAGAGCCUCAUCAGCGUGGAGGGGAAGAUCCACCAGCAUGUGGUCAAGUGUGGGAUCUGCAACGAGGCUACGCCCAUCAAGAAUGCACCAGCAGGGAAGAAGUAUGUCCGCUGCCCCUGUAACUGUCUGCUCAUCUGCAAAGUUACCUCCCAGAGGAUCGCCUGUCCCCGGCCCUACUGUAAGAGGAUAAUAAACCUGGGUCCGGUCCACCCUGGUCCAGCCAGCCCUGACCCCCAGCCGGCCGGAGCUCGGGUCUCCUGUGGACACUGCAGCAACACUUUCUUGUGGACAGAGUUUACUGACAGGACACUCGCCAGGUGCCCACAUUGCAAGAAAGUCUCCUCUAUUGGUCAGAGGUACCCUCGAAGGCGGAGCUUGUGGUGUUUUCUACUAUGCUUGCUUUUCAGCAUCUCCACUGCUGGGCUGGUGGCUGGUACGUGGGUGAAGGCCCAGGACUAUGGGGGUAUCUAUGCUUCCUGGGCUGUGCUGAUCCUGCUGGUACUCCUUACCCUGGGCCGGGCUCUGUACUGGGCCUGCAUGCGUGUUAGUGAGCCCCUACAGAACUUCACAUAGACACACACACACACGUGUAGGUUGAAGUUGCCCCUAGAUGCUGAUCUUGGGUCAGUUUCGCAUUUCCCCCUCUAAAUGGUUAAGAUUGGGGGAAGGGAAGCUGAUCUCCUAGAUGUGUACCUAGGGGGAWACUUCACCCCAAAGCCACACAAACAGGGGAGAGGAGACCCGCAGCAGUGGGGGGGGGGGGGAGCUUUUAAAAUAAUAUUUAUUUAAACCGGAAAUUAAAACAAAGUUUUCCUCCUCCUUCCCUUUAGUCUGUUCAAUGUGUUUCCGAACUGGAUAAUGAAAAACAUUUACUUACUCCCGAAGGAGCAGUAGCGUGACUGCUGCAUUACUAGUUCAAUUAGUUUUAACAUGUUCGACUACUGUCCCUUCCCUGUUUUUAAUCAUCACUCGGGCCCUAUCAUGGCUUGGCUCCGUGGAAGAAAGUCUUAAAUUGUGACACGACCCUCGGAAAAGACGGCUACUUCGCAACACUGAUUUCAUGUUCUGUUUUUUGGGCAUUUUACAUMAUUUAUUUGUUUUGGUAAACCCUUGAAGCAUUUUAGAAAGGCAAAUGAAGCUAAAAUGAGGCCAGUGCAAGGUGAACGUCACCCAAGUUACCAUCCCUUGCCCGUCAUGGUGCAUAUUCUGUGGGACUGUCAGUCUUUGAUCCAAAGUAGCUUGGAAGCCUUAAAAGCAGUUUUAUUUAUUUUGUAUUUAACCUUUAUUUAACUAGGCAAGUCAGUUAAGAACAAAAUCUUAUUUACAAUG